GCCACCAGCACGUGCAAAACACGGUUAUGUCUCACGUUUUCUAUGACCACUUAGCCCAGCCCCUGGCCUCCACUGCUCCUCUCAGAUACGGCCUGGACGUCACAUUCAGAGCUCUGCAGUUUCACAGGCAACAUCCAUUCCACGAGGGAGCAGGGAAAACAUUUUACAGGCAGGAUGGUGGCAGGAGACAUUCAGAGACUACCCGGGGGCAAACACCACCUUCGGCGGCUCUCCAAGACAGCUCAUCCGGACCAGAGAGCAUUACCUGGGGGCCGCAAGAAGCUUCAAGUCAUCAUUUGUGUUCUGCUGGUGGAGCUAUGUGAAAGAUUCACAUUUUUUGGCAUUGUGUGCAACAUGAUUCUUUUUUGCACUGUAAAGCUCGGCUACGACAACUACCUGGCUGCAACAGUGAACUUGUGCUUCAUAGGAGCCAGCACCCUCACCCCUGUGCUGGUUGGUUGGUUUGCCGAAACCUGCCUAGGAAGAACCAAGGUGCUCUACUUGUGCGCUUUUCUCCAUUUCUUUGGUACGGCCAUGCUACCUGUGGUAGCAUUCCCUUUUGAAGAUUUCUACAUUGACAUUCAUCAUAUGAGUCAUAAGUUAGAACCUCAAGAGCAGCAGGCCCUGUUCUACACCGGCCUCCUGGCUGCUGCGCUGGGCAUUGGCGGCAUCCGGGCUAUACUGUGUCCCUUGGGAGCAUACAAUUUGCAGAGCUACAAUCAAUACCAGCUACUGGGUUUCUUCAAUUGGUUCUACUGGUUGGUUAAUCUGAAUUCCACGGUUGUGUUUCUGGGUAUUGCUUACGUCCAGCAAUCUGUGGCCAAAAAUUUGGCUUUCUUAAUCCCUUUUACCUCUGCAUUGCUGGCACUCAUUGCCAUACACAUGAUGCGCAACAAACUCGCCUACAAACCCAAGAAAGGUGGCUCCUUACUGACCACGCUUGGAGUUUUCUUGAACUCUCUCAAGAUGUGCUGCCUUCACUAUCGCCACCUCAGUGGAGAUGUGCCAUCUUGGCUGGACCGGGCCAAGGAGAACAAUGGCGGCCGCUACAGUGAGACUCACGUAGAGAAUGUCAAAGUCUUGGCCAAGCUCUUCCCACUUUAUGGACUCCAACUGAUAUACAGAGCCUGUGUCACUCAGAUCCCCUCUGGAUAUUACUUACAGGCGAUGAAUUCCAACCUCCACCUGAGUGACGUCCUGUUACCCAUCGGCACUAUGAACGUGAUCAGCAUUUUACCUCUUCUCAUGUUAGCCCCCCUGAUCGAGUGUGUGAAUAGCUGCUCUCUCUCCAUGGCAAAAACUCCUCUGGCACCCACAAGAAUAAUUACUCUGGGACAUGCAUGUGCCGCUCUGUCCGUCCUGGUGGCAGGUUUAUGCGAGCUGCGCAGGAAGUCUUUCCCCCUGGUGGAGCAAACCCUCUCCGGGAAGGUUCUGCAAGUAUCAUCCAUGCCAUGUUUCCAGCUGGCACCACAAUAUAUCCUACUUGGACUAGCUGAGGCUUUGGUCAUUCCAGCGUGCUCCCUCAUCUCUUUCCAGCUGACCCCUGGGCACAUCAGAGGAAUCUCCCUACACUUCCUCACAUUGUCCUAUGGGGGAGGAUGCUUUGUAGGAGCCAUCUGCAUUCAGGUGGUGUACUUCAUGUCUGGAGGGUCCUUUUAUCCAAGCGUCCUGCAUGAUGGAAAUCUGGAGAGAUUCUUCUUCUUCAUGGCCAUGCUGAUGACGAUAAAUACUCUGUUGUAUUGGAGUAUAUCUCACAGGUACAUGGAUCUCAGCGUGCGGGGUAAGCCGUUGACAAUCAGCCCACUAACAGAGAAACUUCUUCAGUACAAAGCUUGCCUGCGGUACUAUGACACUAUGGACCGCUCGUACACAAACAUUUCCUGUGAAUCUGUCAUAUGA